AUGGCUGAAAGCAGUUUAGCUUCUUCGAUCGGUCAGAAAUGUUUUUUGGUUGGCUUGACAGGCGGAAUAUCGACAGGCAAAACUACAGUUUCCAACAAAUUCCGACAACUUGGUUGCCCUGUCAUUGACGCUGACAAGCUUGCAAGGGAUGUUGUCGAGCCUGGCAAACCUGCCUGGUGUAAGAUCCGAGAAAACUGGUGUAAGAUCCGAGAAAACUUUGGUGAAGACUUCUUUCACGAUGAUGGAACACUGAAUCGAGCCAAACUGGGCGCUGCAAUUUUCUCUGAUGGCGAAAAGCGGCAACUUCUCAACUCCUUCACACACCCGGAGAUCUACAAGAAGAUGCUAUGGCUGCUCCUCAAAUAUUUUGUUCUGGGGUACAGUUUUGUGGUGCUGGACACUCCCCUGCUGUUUGAGAGUGGCAAGAUGGUGCCUUACAUGACAUACACAGUCGUUGUGUCCUGUUCAGAAAGACAACAAAUGCAGCGCCUGAUGGCAAGGAACAACCUGUCCCGACCUGAUGCUGACUCCAGGAUCUGCUCCCAGAUGGCGCUAUCGGAGAAGUGCAAGCGUGCCACUUACAUCGUCGACAACAGCGGAGCGGUGGAGAUGACAGAGACGCAGGUGGUGGAGCUGCACAAGAAGCUGCACCGGUCCCGCGCGCACUGGCGCAUCCGAACCAUGCUGGUGAUGGCCCUCCUCUCCACCUUCUUCUUCGUCAACUACAUCUACAAACAGUUGUAUUCAGGGAAAUGAAAUCUUACUGACCUCCCAUGUGUUCCCCCAGAUCUCAGAGCUUAAUAAUUGUGCUGGUAAUAUGAUGUGCCCAGUUCAACUGAUUUCAACGACUCAUAGUUUAAGUAAGAAACAUCCGUUUGAUUAAGUUUGAGCAAAUGGGUAGCACAAUUCCCAUGUUAGUUAAAUAACUUUCCAUCCAGUGCUGUGAAUUUGAUAUUUGGUCAAAAAGUUGAAAAGUAUAUUUCAUGCAGGAUGACAAAAGCAUGAUAACCAUGUUUUUUAUCCUUUUUCUUGGGUAUUAUAUUUUAAAAAGAUUUUAAGGUGUAUAUAUGAGUAAGUUUUAGAAGAAAAUUAUAAUUUCAUUACAUUAUAUGCUGGAGUUAUUUGAAGUAAAUAUUGGUAAAUGUUCUUCUUUGAGAUGUUUUUAAUAUUAAAAUAUAUUUUUAUCAGUUAAGACAUGUUUACAUUUCCACUGUUUUAUUAUUUGAUGCCAAAUGUGUUUGUUUUGAUAGAUGCAAAGGAUCCAGCCAUUAUAAUGAAUCUUAGAAACCGAAAGAACAUGUUGGCAUAAUCAAUCUUUCUCAGGAAUAUUGUCUGUUUCCGUGUGACUAUAAAAUGUCUGAAGACAUUAAGAAAGGCAAUACAGUGUUUCAUAAGGAGCCACUUGUUGCAAAAUAAUGUUGAUCAGUUCUUGUUUGUUAUUUCCAAUGAAGAGCUGCUUUUAUGUGGAAACAUUGUGCCUUAAUUUCACAGCUUCUCUUUAGUAGUCAGAUGUUAUUCAAGGUUUUAUGAGUUUAUCAGAGCUUCAUUGUCUGGCUUGUUGAAACCAGAUAAUAAUUUUAUGUGAAGUUUACACGAUAUUCAGCGUUCCCACUGGACAUCCCAUGACCACAUGAGUAUGAAGUUUUUAUGUUUUGUUAAAAUGAUGUAAAAAGUGAUAUCCUACUUUCACUUUCCCAAAGAAACGAAUUCCCUUGCAUGAAUAAAUAGCUUGAACAUUGAUAUAGUAUGGCCGCCCCUAUAUAAAGGUUCAUACUCCACUAAUAUAAAGUCCUGUCUUAAAUGAUGAGAUUCAUGUUGACACAAAGGUUUACAAUACCAACGUCUGAAAGAUUUUUCGAAACAAUUUCUUGUAUAACACUUAAGUGGUGCAUGAUUGAAUAUCUCUGAUAAACAGGAUGCCCUUGUUUACCUUUUGUAAUUAACCUUAAGGCACAAUUUCACACAUUUUCGACAAUAUUUUGGCCUGUGUUAUAUAUAUUGGGGCAUAUGCACUCACUUUAGCAUCCUAUCGAUGCAAUAAACAUAUUAUCCCUUACGACUUGCCUGAAAUCGAUAAUUGAAACUUCGAGGCAGCUUCCAA